AGUAUAUACAGGUUUUUCAACUAUACCUUAAACUUCUUAGCUGGGGUCUAUCAAGGGGCUUUCCUUCUUGGCUGCAUUACUACGUUACCUAGCCUAUUCGACCUAAACGACUUUGCUACUUUUAUAGAGACGAAAACGGAGACACGGUGGUGGGAAGCAUGGAAAACCAAGCACCGUCACCACCUCAGGCACCUGCGCCAGCCCCAAAUCCUCCGCGUCGCCGGGUUGAAUACUACAGAGAGGACAACUUCACUGCUCUUGACCUUACGCGUACAGUUCAUCUAGGCUGGGGAGCUGUUGGAGGUGCUGGCCUCAUUCUCUUCUGUAUGGGCAUGUCCGCUGCUACCCAGGGGCGCAGCUUCAACGUGGGCUUCCGCUGGCUGCAGCGGCGAGUAGGCGCGCAGUUCGGCACCAUGUCGUACAUCAUCUCCACCAACCUGCUCUACUACCACGACGGCGACAAGUGGGUGACGCGCGACUGGUCGCAGAUCAUGCAGCGCUGGACCACCAAGCGCAGCGAGCGACUGGACGCCGCCCUGCGCAUCUAACACCCGGCAGCAGCAGCAGCAGGGGGAGGAGGAGGGAGAGGAGGAGGAGGAGAGAGAGGAGGAGGAGGGGGAGGAGGAGGAGGAGGAGGGAGAGGGGGGCACCUCCCACCCGGAUGGCCGGUCAGAGCUGUCCGGUGCGCCCGCCCCGCUGGACGGCUCCCUUGUGACCUGCUGGCGGCGUAUCCGGUGCGGGGCACACUGUUUGGAGCGACCGUGCGGCCGUGCGGCCUUCGGCGCCCUCGAAGGUUGGGUGGGGCUAAGAGCGACAUGCGAGACGGUAUAUACACUCAAGCCGGCUUGACGUGCCACCGGCCAGGGGUGUGCCGGUGUUGGCGCCCUCUCUCCGGGGUGCUCUCAGGGGGGAGGUAAGCGGCGCUGCUGGCCCCUGUGGCUGCUGGGACCCCCCGGGGUGCGGGCUGCUUGUGUCCGCAUGCGUGUGUGUGUGGGGGGGGGGGGGGGCGGUGGGGUCGAGUAGGACUGCGCAGCGUGUGCCAGGCUGCAUCGGAGGAAGAGGGCGCGUGCGAGUCCAGGGAUGUGCAGGGAGGUUGCGAUUGCAACGAAGUCGUGAACUCAACCAAGUCCAGUGCACAACUGCGAGCAAGUAGCGCGUCUUUAGACUGCACCGACUGCUGACAGGCUAACAGUGUUGUAAAAGGAGUGGGCGGUUGGCCACAUGGUGACAGAAGGCCAAUCAUGACCGUCCACCCAAGAGACAUGUCACGCUUUUGCACGUUUCUUGGUUGGGUGCGCUCGUGAGGCUGAGUAAACGGAUGUCGCAAUUGUGCUGUGGUCCGGGUAGUAGGACGCUGCGGGUGGUCGGACCACGGCGUCUACAGACGAAGUAGGGCAAGGCCACGUGCGUAUGACGCUGCGGCUGAUAGCUGUCGGGUUAACUUGGCUUUCCUUAACUGGCCCUUCUGGCGCGACCAUGGCGCAUUGACCCGAGCCCAAGAAGAGACAGGCC